GUCUUCGCUGAGAAACAUUCAAUUAUGCGAAACCUAAAUUCAGUUGUUUUCCCUUUCUUCAGUUUCAGUUUGAGAUUCAGAUACAAUUUCAAUUGCAAAUAGCAAAAAAGAGAAACAUGUAUUUUGUUGUUGUUAUGACGGGUAUUAAACUAAAGUGCGCUGCAAUCUGCAUCCUCAGUCUGUGUCUCCAUUGCCGAUUAUUGUCGGUCGGGUCGGGUCGGGUCGGAAUUUGUGGUUGUGGUCUUCCAAGUCUGCCAAGUCGGUGAGUCUGUCAACAUUUUGCUAAAGAAAACUGCAGGCGGCAUAUGCACUUCAGAUAUGAAAUGCCUUUUUCCUCCGAUUCUUGAGUGUAAUUAAUUAAUUUCGCGCUCGUUUUGGUCCGCUGCUGCAUUAUGAACGCAGAGCCAUCGUUUUGGGGCCGAGCCGGUUCCAUUGUUGUUGUUGUUGUUAUGGUUGUUGUUGUUAUUGUUAUAAAACAUACAAAAUUAUGUGCACAUUUGCAUAACAUUCGCUGGGGCAACGGCUGAAGCUCAGUAAUCGUUCUACUUUGGUCGCGUAAACGCGUCUCCGCCGCACAGCAUCCAACUAACUGGCCAACUAAGUGCCUGAAGCAUCCAUAAAUCGGAAAAACUCAAAACAUAGAGAAAGGACUUCGACUUUAAUAAAUCGAGAUACGGUUAAACGGAAAAAACUUGCACAAAAUGUCACACGGUGAACGCAAAGGACGCCUCAAUGUGGUCAAAUUUCUAGAAUUGGCAUUCUCCGUUGCCUGUUUGGUGCUGCAUUUCUACAGUUUCAACGACCGCGACAUAAUGACCUCAUUUUUGGCCACGGGCACAUUCACCGGAUACAUUAUUGUGGUAAUUGGCGUCUUUGCAGGCGUAUUGAUGCGAGCACCGAUCCACAAGCGCAUCGAUAUAUUUUUUAGCGUGCUGGGCUGCGCUUUGUUUGUGGCCAGCGGCGUCUUCAUUAUCGAGGCUUGGGAGUUCUCCUUUCGGACGCGCACACGUGACUUGGCGCUGAUCAAGGCAUCGCUGUCGAUAGUGAACGGCGUGUUGUUUGGCUUCGACGCCAUAUUCACAUUUCGGGACAAGUGAGACAACAACAACAAUAAGAAAAGUAGAGAAAACAAAAAAAGGAGCGAUUAAAACCCAAAUGCAUUUAACGUGAAUCCAUUGUACACAUUCAUUUCAUCGUCAAAUGAUGUUUUACAUGAUGUACUUUCAAAACAAAAAGAAAAUAACGCGUUUAUUUUGCGCAAAAUUCUUACUAACAUUCAUACAUAAAUUUUUUUGUUAUACUUUUUUUUUUUGCCAUAAAUUAUAUGUUUACAUUUAGUGUGCCAUAAUAAUAACUUCUUUUUUUUUGUGUGUGUGUCAAUAAAAAAAAUAUAUAUAUAUUCCUGA